AUGUCUGUACAAUAUAAAAGACGAAGAGAAGAAUUAAAUUAUUCUGAAGAGAAAUCACCAGAUUUUUCUAAAAGCAUUUCUUACACUGUGAUAAAACAAUUAUUAGAGAAAGAAUUGCAUUGUGCUAUAUGCCAUGAAAUUGUUAUCUUCUCUAGUGUACUCCAUUGUGGUCAUAUAUUUUGUACUUAUUGUAUACAUGUAUGGUUAAAGCAUAAGCCUAAAUGUCCUCUAUGCUUUAAACCAUGUCAUCGACAUGUUUCAUUAAAAAUUUUAGAUAAUUUUAUCGAAGAAAUUUAUGAUUUAUUUAUGCCCAAAUGUUUACAAAUUGAACGAUGUAAAGAGAUUGAAUCUCGUCAAAAAAUAACAGAUGAAGCUGAAAUCGAUAAAAAUUCAUCGUCAGAAUUUGAAAGUGGUAGUGAUAGUCAAUUAACCGAAAGUGAUUUCGACUCUACUUCAUCGUCGUUAUCAUCAAUGAUGAUGAUGGAUACUUCGACGUCAACAACUUCAGCGGAUACAACCUCGUCAUCAACGUCGUUUACAACAGAUGCUUCUUAUUCAUCGAUGUAGUAGUCAGCGUACAUCAUUCGUAGACACAAGAGAUUGUCAUCAUCAACGAGUUAUGCUUUAUAAAGUAUCUUAUCUUUCGAUUGAAUCCCCCUCCCCGCGCGUUAUAUUUGAAAAGACAAACAAACAAACAUGAUUUCCAUUUGUAUUUGUAAAUUUUGCCAUCAAUCAGAUGUAUGUAAUUAUGUGAUGAUUAAGUUAUUAGAUAAAAGAAUUUUAUCUAAUAGGGAUGUUUUUGCUUAAUGAUAUAGCCACUUUGUAAUUAUUAACUGAACAUAGGUUUCCAGACCGUAGGUGUUACGAACUACCUGGAAUAAUUUGAGCGCCGAGUCAGAUUGAUUCAUUAUAAAUUAUUUAAAUUAAUCCCAGCGUGUUAAGAAAAUCAAAAGAAGAUCAGUUUUCUGAACGUUUCGCUGUGUUAG